AUGCCCACCUUCUCAUCGAAACCGCUUCGCCGCCCGCCAUCGGCGCUCAGCCGCCUGGCGCCCAAGGUCCGACAGCGCCCGGUCCUCUUCUUUGGUCUUCCCUUUAUCAUCACCAUCGUCGGAGCCUCGUUCGGACUUAGCACCCUCACCCAGACCCGCUACGACUACAACGCGCAAAAGGUGCAGACCAUCACCAAGGAGGAGGAGCUCCGGCUCAAGAGGGACAGGAAGAAGGUCGACCUCAGGGAAGAGUACUUUAAGCUGCAGGCCAAGUCCGACGAGCUGGACGAGUGGGAGCCGAAACGCAUCAGCAGGCCAGAAGGAACACCGGAAUGGGGCGUCCCGCCAACGUCGCCGUCGGAGUCGUCGACUUCCAAGGGCAAGAUCUCGCUCGAAGGGCUCUCCCAAGCCGACGUCAAGGCAGAGCGGGACGCCGGCAUCUCGAGCGAGUCGAUCAAGCCAUCCGCCAAGCACCCAGCCGUCGUCCUCGGGCCGGACGGCAAGCCUUGUCGAGCCUGCAACUCGAAGCUCGCCUUUUCCGCCGCCUUCAAGAAGGCGAAACCGGCGAUUGCCAGCCCGGUCCCGUCAUCUGGUGGAGAGAAGGAGGGCAGCGCCAAGGCUGCCGGUGCCGCGGCCGCAGUGGCAACUGCGGGCAGCGCUCUCGGCUCUCAAGCAUCCACGAACGACGCCGCCGACAGCGACCAACUCGAAUGCCCACCAGACGGCAUCGAGCUCGGCCGGUCCACCUGGACGUUUCUGCACAGUGCCGCCGCCUACUUCCCCGCGUCGCCGACGUCGGUGCAGCAAAGCUCGAUGCUCGCCCUCCUCACCUCGCUGCAGCACCUCUACCCGUGUCACAGCUGCGCCGAGGCGUUGGGGGAAGAGUACCGGCGCGAGGAGCGCGACGGGGGCUGGGAGGAAAAGGGGUUGAGGAUGAAGGAGGCCGUGCGGUCCGGGCCGGCGCUGCGCAAGUGGCUCUGCGGCAUCCACAACGAGGUCAACCACCGCCUGGGAAAGGCCGCGUUUGAGUGCAGCGAGGAGAGGUUGAACGAGAGGUGGAAGGAUGGUCCGGCGGACGGGCGAUGCGAUUGA